GGAGGUCGGACCCUGUGACGUAGCGUUUACAGACCGCUCGCGUUGUUUACAGUUAGUGAGGAUUUUGUGGCAUGAAUUAUCAAACAUCAAGCACUAAAUUACUAUAAAAGUAAUUUCGGAAAUUAUGAGGAAAGAAGUUCUGUGACACAGGUGAGUCGUCCAUUUCUAUUUAUGUUUGCAAAUGUUCAAUCAUUUGCUUUCGUCGUAGUCAGCAAUAUACAUCUUUCUCCCUGAACUCGUUCCUUUGUAAUUACAUGAAACAAUGUAUGCAAUGUCCGAUUGAACACUGAUCUGCAAACAGUUAGGCUAACAAAUUCAUGCAGCUUGUUUUACGUUAAUCAAUGAUCGACUCGUAAGCUACACUUGAUUGAAGAACAAUCUUACAUUUGAAGUUUAGAAAAGUUAGACUACUUUGUUUUUCCUAAUCCUAUGUCACCUAGCCAAUAAAGUAUAUCAAAUGGUUGUUCAAUGUCAGUGAAUGUUUGCAACGGAUGUUUCACUGCGAUUUUGUCAGAGAUUCUAUGAUUUAGAAAAUAUUUUUAUAUUUUCGUCCGCUGAAACGUUGUAGCCGACUCACUGUUUGUAACAUUAGGCUAUAACAACGCGACAAUAGUGCAAUACAAUUGUACUUUUGUUGCGCUUGGUUUAGUUAGCCUCUAAAAAUAAUAAUGAGAUUCCCUAACUUUGGACGUUGAAUAAGGCUACCACAGAGUCGAUAUAUUUAAUCUGCAUUUCAAUAAAACUUCGAGGCCUGAGCAUUCUGAAGCCUGGAGACUCCCUUUAAUCACGGAGCCUGUGUAGUGAUGUUGUCAGGGCGAGGGAGGGAACAACAACUCGGCAAUAUACUACAAUACCAUCCACUCCUUUGUGUUUUUGGAUCUACCAGAGAUCUGUUUUGAAGCAAUUUUAGGCAAUGGUGCACGAACAUGGGCUCAGUCAGGCGUUAUUGAAGUUCAGACCUCAUAUUUGACAUAAAACCGAGUAAAACAACGUAGCUACUCUCAAGCGGAUAUGAACGUCUAUUUUUAACCUCCCAAGUUAUGUCUGUUCUAUCUGCCUCUGUCCUGACAACAAUGAAGCGGCUUUGUCAAAUGUCUUGUCUCUGCAUUCCAUCAGUGAGAGUAUGUGAUCCCUUCAUAAUGCCUACAAUUAGUAGCCUAGUCCCUAAUGAUAAGUAAAUGUGUGCUUAUGUAGGCCUAUUUAUCAAGGAUAAAUAUACCAUUAAUUAUCAUUUAUUCUGACAAUGAAAUUAAAGUUGAAUAUAGUCUGGUGUUGUACAUUUUUUAUUUAAAUCAUGCUAUUUUGGGUUAGAGAAAGGAAAGGCGAUAUCGCUGUGGCAAAUAGCAAUAACAGUUGUGAUGACAUUGCCUGGGGUUGUGGUGGUCAAUGUUACACAUUUGCCUUGCACUGAGAAAUCACAUGAUUGCCCUUCAAGUCAAUAGGAGUUGGUUCCUCUUUCCGCAUGAGUGCUAGUAGCUGCUGCAUACACCAAUUUAAUAAACUGAAGAGCCAUCUGACUCUCAUAAGUCAAUCUACACACACUCCAAAUGGGUCUGAGGGGAUGACAAUAGUGGCCUAUUCAGAUGAGUUGAAUAGUUUUUAUUUCAAGGGUGGCAAAGUAGACUAGACUGUUGGCUGUAUAGCUCUCCUUCUGUCCCUGAAAAUGCUCUCUUUCACCUCUGUCACAUCGCUAUUCAAUAGAUCUACUGUAUGGUACAGUGGUUGACUAACUCGACUUUCAACAGUGGAAUGGAUAUUGAUGUUAAAGUUUGUCAAUGUGUGUGUGUUGUAUAUCUCGCUCUCUCUUUCCAUCUCCUCGCUCUCAUUUCUUGUCAUUAGCUUUAGCACUUGACAGCAAGAUUGCACAUUGGCAUGUGUGGUAUCAUGUUUGUCUGUUUGUGUGUUAGUCACUUUAAACUCUGUACACUCUCUUUCACAGUUCUAUUCAUUGGGCCUGGACUUAAUAAACUGGGACCAAGAAUGGAUAUGUAUAUGUAUAUGUAUAUUUAUGUGUGUGUUGAUGUGUCUGUAUAUGUGCCUGUGUGUGUGUGUGUGUGUGUGUUUUUAAAUGGGAUAUGUGGAUUACUCACAGCCUCUUAUCUCUCUCCUCAUAGAGUAAAUGGAGUCAUUGCGAGGCUCUGGGGGCGUCUCCCGCGAGUACAAACUGGUGAUGCUGGGAGAGGGGGGAGUGGGGAAGAGCGGUGAGUACACACAUACUCAUAAUUACACUUAAUUGCACUUCUCCUCACUCUUACUUAGUGCAUGUCUUUGCUUCUGUCUUACUCCUCUCUCAGUACGUAUUAUGUCUGACUUCGACUAUUCUUCUUCAACUCUGUCUUGAUUUACCUCAUUACUUCUCCUAAUGCCCUCUGUUAUUUUCUGUGACUGGGGUGUGUGUGUGUGUGUGUGUGUGUGUGUGUGUGUGUGUGUUUGUGUUUGUGUUUGUGUUAGAGAGGUAGUGGCACACACACACACCCUCCAAGUACAGUCAGAGUUCUCGUAAGCAUGGGCGUUGGCCGCCUUCUACGGCAGUCUGUGGUGCCGUUUGGGUGCCUGUCGUCAGGAAGACACGUCAGUGCCUAGCAACCGCCUACCCCUCUUGGCUACUGUUGCCAUGGAGACUGGAAGAGUUCACCUGGUAUAGGUACACAGAAAAGUAGUAGAAACAUUGGAGAGAGGGAGGAUAUGGAGGGAUAGAGGGAGAGAUGGGUCGUAAAAACCAGGAGCAUUCUCAUUUCAUCUGUGCCUGCUGUCGCCGUGGAAACUAGAGUGGGCGUACACUGAUGCUGCAGAGGCGGAGAUACUGUGUGUGUGUGUGUCUGUGAGCUGCAGGGUGUGUUUAUCUGUGUGUGAACCACUACCCGCCUAGAGGGAGAAAAACAAUGAGACAAAAGAGCGAUGGAGAGAGGGAGGAGAAGUAUGUGUGUGUGAUACAACCUGGGUUAUGUAAUAAAGUCUCCCACAUUGACUUCAUAAUCCCUCUAUCUCUCCCUCUCUUUCUCUCUCUCUCUCUCUCUUUCUUCCGGUCUGUCUUCUGAUCUACUGUGGUUUGUUUCUGAUUUCCCCUCUUUGGUUUAUUGAUGCAGUGCCUAUGCAGCUUUUUGACAACGUAAUUGCCCCAAAAAAGCUUGUGAAAACUUAAAACUCUCUCUCUUUCUCCUCAGCUAUUAUAAUGCAGUUUAUCAGCCACAGGUUCCCUGAAGACCAUGACCCCACCAUAGGUGAGAGAGUGCUUGGUGUCUGAUCAAAAUACAGCGACUCAUAUUUGGUCAAAUUUGGCCUCCUUUAACCACACCAAAAACGGCUACAUCAAAUGAGUGAUCAUGUUGUAUUUGGAAUCAAUCAUUAAUUUUAUAUAUACAGUUUAUUAGGUACACCACCCCAUUCACGAAAAUGGAUCACUCCUACAGACAGUGAGUCACCAGGCAGUGGCUUGCUAUAUAAAGCAGGCAGACAGGCAUCAAGGCAUUCAGUUACUGUUCGAUUGAAUGUUAGAAUGGGCAAAACUAGUGACCUAAGCAACUUUGGGCGUGGUAUGAUCGUCGGGGCCAGGCACUCCGGAUCCAGUGUCUCAGAAACUGCCGCCCUCCUGGGCUUUUCACACACGACAGUGUCUAGUGUUUGCCGAGAAUGGUGCGACAAACAAAAAAUAUCCAGUUAGCGGCAGUCCUGUGGGCGAAAACAGCUCGUUGAUGAGAGAGGCUGAAGGAGAAUGUCAAGAAUCGUGCAAGCUAACAGGCGGGCCACAAACAGACAAAUAACGGCCCAGUACAACAGUAGUGUGCAGAACGGCAUCUUGGAGCGCACAACUCGUUGAUCCUUGUCACGGAUGGGCUGGGCUGUUGUAGCAGACGACCACACCGGGUUCCACUCCUAUCAGCUAAAAAUAAGAAUAGGCGGCUCCAAUUGUCACCAACACUGAACAAUUGAGGAGUGGAAAAACAUCACCUGGUCCGACAAAUCCCAGUUCCUGUUGCGUCCCAGUUCCUGACGGCAUAGUCAGGAUUUGGCGUAAGCUGCAUGAAUCCAUGGACCCAUCCUGCCUGGUGUCAACGGUACAGGCUGGUGGCGGUGGUGUACCGCCGUCCAAUCUGCAGUAACUGCGUGAUGCCAUCGCGUCAGCAUAGACCAACAUCCCUGUGGAAUUUUUCAGACUUGUAAAAUCCAUGCCCCGAAGAAUUCGGGCUGUUCUGGAGGCAAAGGGGGGUCCGACCUGGUACUAGAUGGGUGUACCUAAUAAACUGGCCGGUGAGUGUAUAGAUAGAUGUGUAUACAGGUAACUGCCAAAAUAAUGGGAACACUUUAGUAAAUGAGGGAUACAAAGUAUAUUGAAAGCAGGUGCUUCCGCACAGGUGUGGUUCCUGUGUUAAUUAAGCAAUUAGCAUCCCAUCAUGCUUAGGGUCGUGUAUAAAAAUGCUGGGCAGACCAUUAUUUUGGCUACCAUGGCAAUGCCCCCAUAGGAUGACAAUGCCCCCAUCCACAGGGCACAAGUGGUCACUGAAUGGUUUGAUGAGCAAUAAAACGAUGUAAACCAUAUGCCAUGGCCAUCUCAGUCACCAGAUCUCAACCCAAUUGAACACGUAUGGGAGAUUCUGGAGCAGUGCCUGAGACAGCGUUUUCCACCACCAUCAACAAAACGUACUGAAGGAGGGAACGUCUUCCUGGCUAUAAUAUUGGGGCUCGCAUCCAUUUCUUCAAUUCAGUACCGCUUUUCAGUGAGCCCAAAUCCCCUGACGGCGUGGGGCCAAAAUAUGUUAUACCUCGUUCCCUCCUUCAGGGAACAAUAAUUAUAUUCAUAACUGUAUGUUCCCUUUCAGUCGGUCACUCUGCAUAACGUACUAUGGGAACAAUCACGCCCCAAGCCGGCUCAGAGGGUACCAAACUAGGAGGCCCACGGCAGCCCAAGCACACACAGGUUCCACCGGCUUCAAAAUGGGCUUCCAGAAGCCACCUUUUUCUCUGAUACUUACCUGAGAAGCAUGAACUGUCAGAGCCCCAAAUAGGGAACCAGAACCUGCUGCAACUUGGCUAUGCACACUGACACACUGCCACUACAGUUCCAAGAACAAUACUUAUCUCAGAACUCGUACAAGGAACCGCAAAUCCAAAACAACAGAACACCUGUCGUGACUUGGUAAAGCACACACGCGUGCUGCAUAGCAUCGACCAGAGUCGAUGAACCACUGCCUAUGACAUGUAACUACACAAUCAUCCUGUAUAGCCAUUAAAAUACCACUCAAUGUCUCUCCCAGAGGAUGCAUACAAGACACAGAUACGCAUUGACGAUGAACCAGCCAACCUGGACAUCCUGGACACAGCAGGACAGGUACACUUCCUCACAAAGGGCUUCCAUCGAAAUGUCACAUCUUCAUCUCUUUUGGCUGCAUCUCAUUCUCAAUAGUCUAAUAUGGCUUAUUUGCCUCCUCUCCUUCAUCUAAUGAUCUGUAAACAUAGGAUAGGUGAAAGCAAUAUGAGAGAACACCUGAGAAGGACUGGGAAUUUGCUUUCAUCUGUCUAGUUCUUUCACAUCAGUUCAAAGCCUCUCCCUCUAUCCCAAUGCUCACUUUCCUUUAAGUCAAUCCUUUCCGACUGUCUGUUCCUGUCUCUCAAUUCCAUUCAAUCAGUCUUAUUAGCAUGAUAACUUAUCAUUGAUAAGUAAUUAUCUUACAUUGCCAAAGCAAACCCAGAGGAACAUAUUUCACUCUGUCAUCUCUCCCCUUCAUCGUCAUAACAUCUGCAUCCUUAUUCUUCUCAACUUCCUUUUAAGCAUCGCUCACUCCAUCUACUCACUUUAUGUUUCCACAAACGUACACUACCGUUCAAAAGUUUGGGGUCACUUAGAAAUGUCCUUGUUUUCGAAAGAAAAGCAAUUUUUAUGUCCAUUAAAAUAACAUCAAUAAUGAUAAACUUGGAUUGGCAAACACAACGUGCCAUUGGAACACAGGACUGAUGGUUGCUGAUAAUGGGCCUCUGUACGCCUAUGUAGAUAUUCCAUAAAAAAUCAGCCGUUUCCAGCUACAAUAGCAUUUUACAACAUUAACAAUGUCUACACCGUAUUUCUGAUCAAUUUAAUGUUAUUUUAAUGGACAAAAAAAUUGCUUUUCUUUCGAAAACAAGGACAUUUCUAAGUGACCCCAAACUUUUGAACGGUAGUGUACAUCAUUUCUGUCUCUCACCCGCUCCCCACACAGCGUCUUUCCCUGUCUGUCUGACUCAUCCAUAGACACAUGUAUGGUUCACUUAUGAUAUGAGUCAUUUUCUAUAUAUGGUCAUGUACAUGUUCUAUAAUAUGUGACUGGGUUUGUUUGUACCGUACCAAAGUCAGGGAAGUGUCCACACACAGAGCAUUGCUCUGAGUGACCUAGACAGUCCACUGUCUCAAGUGACCCUUAACUUCUGAGUCAUCCAAAUUUGAAUAUUUUUUUCAGUGGGUCUCCAUGUUCUUCCUCUAGUAGCUUGUAGGACAGACAGACAGACCAAUGUAUUGGUGAUUGAUUCUCUUGAUGCUCUCAGUGUGUGUGUGUGUGUGUGGGGGGGGGGGGGGGUUGUUUGUUCUAUCCCUGUGGGGACCUAAAAUCCCCCAAAAUCAAGGGACAUUUUCCCUCGUGGGGACAUUUCCCACAUCCCCAUGAGGAUAAAGGCUAUUUUCAGCUUAGGGGUUAGGUUUAGGGUUACAAGUAGGGUUAGUGGUUAGGAAAAUAGGAUUUUGAAUGAAAAUUAAUUUUAGGUCCCCAUGUGGGUGUGUGGCACCUGGAUAUACAGUGAGCACCAUAAUUAAUUGGACAGUGACCAAUGUUUUGUUAUUUUGGUUCUGUACUAUAGCACUUUGAGUUUGAAAGGAUACAAUGACAGUGAGGGUGAAGUGCAGACUGUCAGCUUUAAUUUGAGGGUAUUUUCAUACAUAUCGGAUGAACCGUUUAGAAAUUAUAUAAGCUUUUGUACAUGGUCCCCCCCAUUUUCGGGCAUCAAAAAACAUUGGACAGUUUAACAUAAUGUAGAAUAAAGUAAUCAUUGUUAAUAUUUGGUCGCAUAUCCUUUGCAUGCAAUGACUGCUUGAAGUCUGCGAUGCAUCGACAUCACCAGACGCUGGGUAUCUUCCUUUGUGAUGCUCUGCCAGGCCUGUACUGCAGCCAUCUUCAGUUCCUGCUUGUUUUGGGGACUUAUUGCCUUCAGUCUCCUCUUCAUUAUGUAAAAUGCAUGUUCAAUUGGAUUCAGAUCCGGUGAUUGACUCGGCCAGUCAAGGAUUUUCCACUUUUUGGCCAUCAAAAACCCCUUUGUUGCUCUAGCAGUAUGUUUAGGGUCAUUGUCUUGUUGCAUGAUGAAGUGCCGUCCAAUGAGUUUGGAGGCAUUUGGUUUUAUCUGAGCAGAUAAAAUAUUUCUGUAGACUUCAGAAUUCUUUGUUCUACUUCUGUCUGCAGUCACAUCAUCGAUGAAGACAAGUGAGCCUGUUCCACUGGCAGCCAUACAGGCCCAAGCCAUAACACCCCCUCCACCAUGUUUCACGGAUGAGGUGGUAUGCUUUGGAUCAUAGGCAUUUCUUUUUUUUCUCCACACUUUCCUCUUGCCAUCACUCUGGUACAUGUUAAUCUGUCCACAAUACUUUUUUCCAGAGCUAUUGGGGCUCUUUUAGGUGCUUUUUAGCAAACUGUAAUCUCGCCUUUCUGUUCUUCAGGUUUAUCAGUGGUUUGCAUCUUGUAGUGUAGCCUCUGUAGUCCUGCUGGUAUAGUCUUCUACGUAUGGUAGACUUUGACACAUCUACACCUGCAUCCAGGAGAGUGUUUUUGAUCUGUUGGGCUGUUGUCAGGGGGGUUUUCUUCACCAUAGAGAGUAUUCUCCGGUCAUCCACUACAGUGGUCUUCCUCGGUCUACCGGGUCUUUUGACAUAAUUGAGUUCACCGGUUGUUUUUUUCUUGUUAAUGAUUAACCAAACUGUUGACUUGGGCAUGGCCAGGGUUUUUGCAAUGUUCCUGAUUGAUUGAUUUUCGUUUCUGAGCCUUAUGACGGCCAGCUUCAUUUGCAUCGACACUGCUGUCUUGUCACACCCCAACAACAACCUCCAAAGGCAAUAGCAAAGUCUAGAAUCAAUACUAUUCAUCAACAGCUCUCUUGCAUUCACUAACAACAAAAAUGAAUACACCUGCCUAAUGACACACAUCUGUGAAGCCAAUUUAACAAAAACUUGUAGUACGUUAAAAUGGGGGGACCAUGUACAAAAUGUGCUGUCAUUUCUAAACGAUUCAUCCGAUAUGUAUGAAAAUACCCUCAAAUUAAAGCUGACAGUCUGCACUUCACCCUCAUUGUCAUUGUAUCCUUUCAAACUCAAAGUGCUAGAGUACAGAACCAAAAUAACAAAAAAAUGGUCACUGUCCAAUGAUUUAUGGUGCUCACUGUAUAAUGUUAUCUAAAUAUUUUUGCUGUUAUCUUUUCUGUAUCAGUCCUUAAUCACUCUCACUCUACUUUUGCCUACCCCCCCUCUCUCUCGCUCUCUCUCGCGCUCUCCCUCACACGCAUACAUACACAAAUGCCCCUUUCCAGGCGGAGUUCACAGCCAUGCGGGACCAGUACAUGCGGGCGGGCGAGGGCUUCAUCAUCUCCUACUCCAUCACAGAUAGGAGGAGCUUACAGGAGGCGCGCCAGUUCAAGCAGCUCAUUGACCGUGUGCGCCGCACCGCCAACACUCCCGUGGUACUGGUGGGCAACAAAUCUGACCUGACUCAUCUCCGACAGGUGAGAAUUAAGGGAAAGAAGGAAGGAGGAAAGGGACGCCCAUUGGUAGUCUUGGCACUACAGCAUUAAAAUCCUACCGCUGUUCAAAAGGCCUGUCUUUACACAUUUACUGGGAGUUCUACAGAUUGCCUGUCUGACUGGUAUGGUAUAUCUAUAGAUUACCCGGUAAAUCUGCAGAUUUACUAAGGAGACAGGGAAUCUGUAGAUUUACCAAGGAGACAGGGAAUCUGUAGAUUUACCAAGGAGAUGGGCAAUCUAUAGAUUCACACAUUUACCGUAACAUGUACAGUGCCUUCAGAAAGUAUUCAUACCCUUUGAUUUAUUCCACAUUUUGCUGUGUUACUGCCUGAAUUAAACAUUGAUUAAAUACAUUUUUCUCUCUCACCCAUCUCCACACAAUACCGCAUAAUGACAAAGUGAAAACAUGUUUUUAGAAAUACAGUAUCUCAUUUACAUAAGUAUUCACAUUCCUGAGUCAAUACUUUGUAGAAGCACCUUUGGCAGCAAUUACAACUGUGAGUCUUUCUGUGUAAGUCUCUAAGAGCUUUCCACACCUGGAUUGUGCAACAUUUGCCAGUUAUUCUUUUAAAAUGUGAAUUAAUCCUCCAGUGUCUGGUGGAAAGCAGCCUGAACCAGGUUUUACUCCAGGAUUUUGUCUGUGCAUAGCUCCAUUCCAUUUAUUUCUUUUCUUGAAAAACUCCCCAGUCCUUAACGAUUACAAGCAUACCCAUAACAUGAUGCAUCCACCACUAUGCUUGAAAAUAUGGAGAGUGAUACUCAGUAAUGUGUUGUAUUGGAUUUGCCGCAAACAUAACAAUUUGUAUUCAGGACAAAAAGUGAAUUGCUUUGCCAUAUUUUUUUGCAGUAUUACUUUAGUGCCUUGUUGCAAACAGGAUGCGUUUUUUUGAAUAUUUGUAUUCUGUACAGGCUUCCUUCUUUUCACUCUGUAAAUUAGGUUAGUAUUGUGGAGUAACUACAAUGUUGUUGAUCCAUCUUCAGUUUUCUCCUAUCACAGCCAUUAAACUCUUUAACUGUUUUAAAGUCACCAUUGGCCUCAUGGUGAAAUCCCAGAGAGGUUUCCUUCCUCUCCGGCAACUGAGUUAGGAAGGAAGCCUGUCUUUGUAGUGACUGGGUGUAUUGAUACACCAUCUAAAGUGUAAUUAAUAACUUCACCAUGCUCAAAGGGAUAUUCAACGUCUGCUUUUUUUUACUCAUCUACCAAUAGGUGCCCUUCUUUGCGAGGUAUUGGACAUUCUCCCUGGUCUUUGUGAUUGAAUCUGUGUUUGAAAUUCACUGCUCGGCUGAGGGACCUUACAGACAAUUGUAUGUGUGGGGUACAGAGAUGAGGUAGUCAUUCAAAAAUCAUGUUAAAUACGAUUAUUGCACACGGAGUGAGUCCAUGCAACUUAUUAUGUGACUUUUUAUUAGAAUUUUUACUCCUGAACUUAUUUAGGCUUGCCAUAAAAGGGGUUGUCAUUUUUUAUUAAUUUGUAAACAUUUGAAAAACAUAGUUCCACUUUGACAGUAUGGUGUAUUGUGUGUAGGCCAGUGACAAAAAAAAUCUCAAUUGAAUCCAAUUUAAAUUCAGGCUGUAAUACAACAAAAUGUGGAAAAAGUCACCAGGUCUGAAUACUUUCUGAAGGAACUGUACAUCAUGACUCUGUUUGAUACCGUAUACUGUAUAUACCAGAGGAGGAUGGUGGGAGGAGCUAUAGGAGCAUGGGCUCAUUGUAAUGGCUGGAAUGGAAUUAAUGGAACGGAGUCAAACGUGGUUUACAUAUGUUUAAUAACGUUCCAUUUAUUCCAUUCCAGACAUUACAAUGAGCCCAUCCUCCUAUAGCUCCUCCCACCAGCCUCCACUGGUAUAUACAAAUUAUCUCCUGUCUGUAAGUUUUAUCUGUAUAUUGGCUUUCAACAUGGUAUUUCCCUCCACUCCACUAGGUGUCAGUAGAGGAGGGGAAGGAACUGGCCCGGGAGUUCCAGUGCCCCUUCUUCGAGACCUCAGCGGCAUUCCGCUACUACAUAGACGAGGUGUUCGCCGCCCUGGUCCGCCAGAUUCGCCAGCGCGAGGCCGAGUCGGUCCGCGGCAGCGAGAAGAAGACCAGGAGGAGCCAGUCAUUCUGGAGCCGCAUGCGCUCCACCUUCCACAAGAAACAGCACUCUGAGCACUGAGAGAGGGUCAUUGUGGGAUACUACAGUCCUCCAGUGGUACCCUUACAGCCCCAAUUCCUAGUUCCAAUUCCCACGAGGAGACCAAUGACUCUUAUCCGAGUUAGAUUAUGAGUGUUCGCAAUGAGCAAUUAAACUAACAAUCAUUACUGAAGAUAUUAGUCUUCUGCACGCAUUAGAGAAGGCAGGAACUGUGCUGAUGUACCGUAUGCUCAUUGUGGUGAAAAUUGGGUCUGGCUUUUAACGACAGCAGACGUUAGCAUUUUAGUAUCCAAUGAAACCAAUUGACUGUAGUGUUGUAUAUUUUAAAUGCGGAGACACUGUGGAGUUUGCCUGAAGUUACAACAUUUAUUUGAUGGAGAGCCAGUGAGGAGACGUUUAGGUGAAACUUUGUACCUCACAGGGAGGGAGAGAAGGGGAUGGGGGCUUGAAGAGAGGGAGGGAUGGGGGCUUGAAGAGAGGGAGGGAUUAUGGGGAGGGAAAGGAAAGGGAGCAAAGACUAGGCUAUGGCCCAAAAGGAGCAGAAUAUUGAGAAGGUCAUACAGUAGGUAAAGUGGCAUAGGUAUUGAGGCGUGAACUUGAAGUGUGAUUUAAAGGCGGUUGGUUAGGAAAUAAGGAGUAUGAGAUGUGAGUUUGAAGAUGAGGGUCCCAAUGGAUGUGGAGUAUCUUGCCAGCCAAUGAAUAGGAAAGAGAAGGAUGAAAAUAAUUAAUAGAUUGUAAUAUAGAAGAUGAUGAAAACAAGACAUUCUGAUAGCAUUCACUGUGCAUUUAGGUUCCUCUCCAUUUCGAUUGAAAAGCCUUCCUCGGUUAUUGCUUAGUGUUUGUAAGCUGACCAGCCUAUACUCAGGGUUGGUGCCAUGUUUCAGUGGGAGUGGGUAUACUUUGACAGUUGUGAACUGAGUUGUAGAGGAUAUUUAAUACACCAGGUGGUGUUGAUGUUGACAAGACAUUACUGUGCAGCAUUGCCUUAUAUGGUCCACUGAUCUCUACUUGACCUGAACGGGCUAAUAGUUGGCAUGGGCAAUAUGUUGAUUCCAUCCAAAUUACAUAAAUCACUGGAUUUUCUUCUUUAUAGAAUGGAAUUUGAUGGGCGAAGCUGGCAUUUUAAUUUUGCUCUGCCUACAACAGGGUUUUAUUGUCUUCAUAUAGUGUUUCAGUAAAUAGAGACAAUGCCAAGUACAAUACCUCUCCAGAGUGAUUCACACUCCUUCAUUUGCCCCUGACCUGUAGUGCACCGGUUGUGCACUUAUUAUUUCAGCACUCCGUGGAUCUGGUAGUGCCACAUAUAUGGAGUAUAUAUGUUUUUUGUUUGUUUUAUUCCUCUUGAUCAUGAUUGUUUUCCUUAAUUUAUUUUAUAAUAACACUCUAAAAUAAAACGGACUGCC